GGUUGCGGUCCGCGCAUGCGCCGUGGCCGUCACGACUAGAACGCCGCUGCGGCUGUUUCAGGUGAAAACAUGGCGAUGAAGGCGCUCAGAGGGAUGGUGAACGGAGCCAUGAGCGAGCUCUCCUCGGCCGUGAGCGGCAACAAACCGACGGCCAACGCUCCGGUUGCCUCCAGGGACACCGCGGGCUUCCGGGAGCACGCCAUGGCCGUGAGCCGAGAUUACAUCUCGCAGCCUCGCCUGACAUAUAAAACAGUGUCUGGAGUCAACGGUCCGUUGGUGAUUUUGGAUCAGGUGAAGUUUCCAAAGUAUGCCGAGAUCGUCCAUCUCACCCUGCCUGAUGGUACCAGGAGGAGCGGACAGGUGCUGGAGGUCUCUGGUUCCAAAGCCGUGGUGCAGGUGUUUGAGGGGACCUCUGGCAUUGACGCCAAGAAGACCAGCUGUGAGUUUACAGGAGACAUCUUACGAACACCUGUCUCCGAAGACAUGCUGGGUCGGGUGUUUAAUGGAUCUGGUAAACCUAUUGACAGAGGGCCAGCAGUCCUGGCUGAAGAUUUCCUGGACAUUAUGGGCCAGCCUAUCAACCCUCAGUGCCGUAUUUACCCUGAGGAGAUGAUCCAGACUGGAAUAUCUGCCAUUGAUGGCAUGAACAGCAUUGCUAGGGGGCAGAAAAUACCCAUCUUCUCUGCUGCUGGGCUGCCACACAAUGAGAUUGCAGCUCAGAUCUGUCGGCAGGCCGGUUUGGUGAAGAAGUCCAAAGAUGUGAUGGACUACAGCGAGGACAACUUUGCUAUUGUUUUUGCAGCCAUGGGGGUUAACAUGGAGACAGCCAGGUUCUUCAAGUCGGACUUUGAGGAGAACGGAUCCAUGGACAACGUUUGUCUGUUUCUUAAUCUGGCCAACGACCCCACCAUUGAACGAAUUAUCACGCCUCGUCUGGCCCUGACGUCAGCUGAGUACCUGGCCUAUCAGUGUGAGAAGCAUGUCCUUGUCAUCCUCACAGACAUGAGCUCCUACGCAGAGGCUCUUCGAGAGGUAUCUGCGGCCAGAGAGGAGGUACCAGGUCGCCGAGGUUUCCCCGGCUACAUGUACACUGAUCUAGCCACGAUCUACGAGAGAGCUGGCAGAGUUGAGGGACGCAGUGGCUCCAUCACCCAAAUCCCCAUCCUCACCAUGCCUAAUGAUGACAUCACUCAUCCUAUUCCUGACCUGACUGGUUACAUCACCGAGGGGCAGAUUUAUGUGGACAGACAGCUUCAUAACAGACAGAUUUAUCCCCCCAUCAAUGUGCUGCCAUCUCUCUCUCGACUGAUGAAAUCUGCCAUUGGGGAGGGAAUGACCCGCAGAGACCACUCUGAUGUUUCAAACCAGCUUUAUGCAUGUUAUGCCAUAGGAAAGGACGUGCAGGCCAUGAAGGCAGUGGUGGGGGAGGAGGCCCUUACAGCUGAUGACCUGCUCUAUCUGGAGUUCCUCACCAAGUUUGAGAAGAACUUCAUCUCCCAAGGCGCCUACGAGAACAGGAGUGUGUUCGAGACUCUGGACAUCGGAUGGCAGCUCAUGAGGAUCUUCCCCAAAGAGAUGCUGAAGAGGAUCCCUCAGAGCACCUUGGCCGAGUUUUACCCCCGAGAAGCCAAACAUUAGCCCAGACACAUUCCGCUUCCACUCCGUCUGGGUGAGACUUUGUGUACGUACAGUGUAGUUGUCGUGAUGCUGUAAAUUUCCCAAAACUCGUGGCUUUCAUGUGGCCUUUACAGCAAACAUUUCCUGCAUAGACCGAAGGCUAAAGACUGAAAUGCACUCCUGAGUUUUAGUGUUUACAGUGUGGUUGUAAAGAAGCUCUGCAGAGAAUGGAGGAAAGUUUAAUCACAUGUCCUAUAUGCCUUUUUUUUAAUUUUUUUGCAAAUCAUAAAAUACCCAGGUCAAAGGUCAUGGAUUUGACAAACAAAACAAGAUGAGAUAAAGCCAGACAGGGAAAGAGAGUGUUCAUUAAAGAAUAAAAAGCAUUAUUACAACCUAUGAAUACAUUAGGGGGACGUCUAUGUAACUUAUUUAUCAUUGCAUGAAGUAUUUUCGGUGGUCGGUGUUUUCAACAUGUGCACUUUGUUGUUGCAUUUACACCGAGACGGUUAAAUUAAAUCCCAAAGUGGAGCCCACAGUUUAAUGGAAACAUCUGGAAAGUCAUCACCAAAAAGCGACGAGUCGAACAAUAAUACGUUUACAGAGUUUAACCAAUAAUCUACAUCACAGUAAAGAUUUGUAUUCUCACUCUUGUAGCCUGUUACAAACCCUCACUGAGAAAAGGUUUUGGACUUUUGUGUGCAUCAAUCAAACACGAUAUUCACCUGAACCUUUCUGCCAACUUCUUUUGGUGUAACCACGUUACUUCUGCUUUUGAUGCUAGCAUCAUAUGCUAACCUGCAUUACUGUAGACAAAGAAUGAAUGACAUUUGACAAGAUGUUGGAACCAGCAGAAAAUCCAGUAAUGAAAGCUUAAAUGACCUGAGAUGACCCCUAAAAGUGUCUAGAAUACUUUUUCUGUUUCUUGGUGUAGUGAUGAGAAGUUUUCAACAAUUCAAAGUUACUUCUCGCUGGUGAUGUUCUUCUCUACAGUGAUGAAACU